AUGUCUUCCGAGGACGAGCUGCUGCCAGCGCCAACGGAGACACUCGCCGCCUUUGAGCCCUUCGUGCAAUGGCUGCUGGCGGCCUCGUUGGACGACUUGACGUCUCUUCCUGAUGAGAUUUUCUCGGGCUUCGAGGCCGGACCUGAAGGCGACCUGGAAGCAGCCUGGGAUCAGUUGUCCUGUGCUCGACGAGAGUGGGGCGCGUUGGAUGAAAAGCUGCUGACCUUGCAAGACGAGCGUGACGAGAAUCGAGAGCACAUUGCGCUCCUCGAGCGACGGAUAAUCAAGCUUCUGCAGGACCGGGACCUGGCCAUUGCAGAGACUUAUACCACGGAGAAGCAGAUCCAAGACGCCGAGUUUUUCAAGGCACAGCAGCAGCAACGUAGACAGCAGCAGGAAGAGGAGCAGAGGAAAGCGCGCGUGGCCUCCGCGCUGCGCAAGCUGCUGCUGCGUCGGGGCAGCGAAGAAGGUGGCAACAGCAGCGGCGGUGAGUCCCCCACGGCGUCUCCAUCACCAAAGUUCACUGAGAAGGACGUGCAGCGGCUCCAUAAGGAGCUGGCAGACUCGAAGGUAGCGGCAGCAGUGGCGAAGGCCGAGCGAGACGAGCGCCGUCACGCCAUGCGUCGCGCCGAGCGUCGGUGCGGCGAGCUGAAGCUGGCGCUGGCGCAGGCCCGCGCCGAGGAGGACGACCUGCAGGUGUCACUUCAGCAACUGACUCGCGCUCGGCGCAGCUCCGUGAACCACUUGCAGCAGAUUUCCCUCUUCUCGUCCUCCUCGCUGCCUCUGCAGCCUCCAGCGGCGCCCACGGCGGGGCUGCGCGCAAGCACCAGCACAAGGUAG